GAUAACGAGGCCCAUGGAAUGGUGAAGAACGAAUGUCAUCAUGUCUGGACUCAAGCGAACGAUCAAAGAAACCGAUCCAGAUUAUGAGGACGUGUCUGUGGCCCUUCCAAAUAAGCGUCAUAAAGCAAUUGAGAAUUCAGCUCGAGAUGCUGCUGUGCAGAAGAUCGAGACUAUUAUCAAGGAACAAUUUGCACUUGAAAUGAAGAAUAAGGAACAUGAAAUUGAAGUCAUUGACCAGCGACUGAUUGAGGCAAGAAGGAUGAUGGAUAAACUUCGUGCUUGCAUUGUUGCAAACUACUAUGCUUCUGCAGGACUUCUAAAAGUUUCUGAGGGAUCAAAGACAUGUGAUACGAUGGUUUUUAAUCAUCCUGCUAUCAAGAAAUUUUUGGAGUCACCAUCUAGGUCUUCCUCUCCUGCCAAUCAGAGAUCAGAGACACCAUCAGCCAAUCAUUCAGAAAGUGAUUCUUUAUCUCAACAUAAUGACUUCUUAUCUGACAAAGACAAUAACAGCAAUAUGGAUAUAGAAGAAAGACUCUCAAACAACAUGGAACAGAGACCGAGCCGAAAUACUGGAAGGGACACCGCUAGUAUUACUGCCUCUCAUAAAACAGAGCAGCGGAAUGCUGAUCUCACAGGAGAUGAGACUUCACGACUUUUUGUAAAGAAAACAAUAGUAGUGGGCAAUGUGUCCAAGUACAUACCUCCUGAUAAGAGAGAAGAAAAUGACCAGUCAACCCACAAGUGGAUGGUAUAUGUCCGAGGGUCUCGUAGAGAACCCAGCAUUAAUCAUUUCGUCAAGAAAGUUUGGUUCUUUCUUCAUCCCAGCUAUAAGCCAAAUGACCUUGUGGAGGUUAGAGAGCCUCCUUUUCACCUGACCAGAAGAGGCUGGGGUGAGUUUCCUGUCAGAGUUCAAGUUCAUUUUAAGGACAGCCAGAACAAGCGGAUAGAUAUCAUACAUAAUCUGAAGCUGGAUAGAACUUACACUGGCUUGCAGACUCUUGGAGCAGAGACGGUAGUGGAUGUUGAGCUCCACCGACACUCUCUUGGAGAAGACUCCAUUUAUCCUCAGUCCUCCGAGUCGGACAUCUCUGAUGCCCCACCAUCUUUGCCUUUGACCAUUCCAGCCCCAGUGAAAGCUUCCUCACCGAUAAAGCAGUCACAUGAGCCAGUACCUGAUACAUGUGUGGAGAAAGGCUUCCCAACCAGUACCGAAGCUGAGAGACACACUACUUUUUAUUCUUUGCCAUCUUCAUUGGAACGAACACCCACCAAAAUGACGACAUCCCAGAAAGUUACUUUUUGUUCUCAUGGCAAUUCAGCUUUUCAGCCAAUAGCAUCAAGCUGCAAAAUUGUGCCACAAAGUCAGGCUCCUAAUCCUGAGUCACCCGGAAAAUCCUUCCAACCCAUCACCAUGAGCUGCAAGAUUGUUUCAGGUUCCCCCAUAUCAACUCCAAGUCCAUCACCGCUGCCUCGAACCCCGACUUCCACUCCAGUCCAUGUGAAGCAAGGCGCUGCCAGCUCUGUCAUUAAUAACCCUUAUGUUAUCCUGGAUAAGCCGGGGCAGGUUAUUGGAGCCACCACUCCCACUACAGGAAGUCCUACAAACAAGCUCUCUACUGCCUCCCAGGCCUCCCAAGGAACAGGUUCCCCUAUUCCUAAAAUUCAUGGAAGUAGUUUUGUAACAUCUACUGUCAAGCAGGAGGAUUCUUUGUUUGCAUCUAUGCCACCUCUUUGCCCUAUUGGGAGUCACCCUAAGGUUCAGAGUCCUAAACCUCUAACUGGAGGACUUGGAGCUUUCACAAAAGUAAUCAUCAAACAGGAACCUGGUGAAGCCUCUCACGUGCCUGCAACAGGAGCUGCCAGCCAGUCACCACUCCCUCAGUAUGUGACAGUGAAAGGGGGUCACAUGAUUGCUGUGUCCCCUCAAAAACAGGUCCUAACUGCUGGAGAAGGGACUUCCCAGUCACCAAAGAUUCAGCCCUCCAAGGUUGUUGGGGUGCCAGUUGGGUCGUCUUUACCUUCAACAGUGAAACAGGCUGUGGCAAUCAGUGGUGGCCAAAUCCUUGUAGCCAAGGCCAGCUCUUCUGUUGCCAAAGCAGUUGGUCCAAAGCAAGUUGUGACACAAGGAGUUGCCAAAGCAAUUGUGAGUGGAGGUGGAGGAACCAUUGUUGCUCAGCCAGUGCAAGCCUUAACCAAGGCUCAGGUCACUGCUGCCGGCCCUCAGAAGACUGGAUCCCAGGGUUCAGUAAUGGCAACAUUGCAGCUACCAGCCACUAAUUUGGCCAACUUGGCAAAUUUGCCUCCUGGCACUAAACUCUACCUUACAACAAACAGCAAGAACCCUUCAGGAAAAGGGAAACUGCUGCUGAUCCCUCAAGGAGCCAUCCUGCGAGCUACCAACAAUGCUAACCUCCAGUCUGGCUCAGCUGCAGGAAGCGGCGGCGGUGGGGGAGGUGGUGGCAGUGGUGGUGGCACAGGAGGGACCCAGAGCCCUGCUGGCCCAGGAGGGAUCUCCCAGCACCUGACUUACACAUCUUACAUCCUGAAGCAGACUCCUCAGGGUACAUUUUUAGUUGGUCAGCCAUCACCCCAGACAUCUGGAAAACAGCUGACUACUGGGUCAGUGGUCCAAGGAACACUGGGAGUCAGCACAUCUUCUGCACAAGGACAACAAACAUUAAAAGUCAUCUCUGGACAAAAAACCACUUUGUUUACCCAGGCAGCCCCUGGGGGACAAGCAUCGCUAAUGAAAAUAUCUGAUAGCACACUGAAGUCUGUGCCAGCCACCUCGCAACUCUCAAAGCCUGGAACCACCAUGCUCAGAGUGGCAGGAGGGGUGAUCACAACAGCCACUUCCCCAGCUGUGGCCCUCUCAGCAAACGGUCCUGCCCAGCCGUCAGAAGGAACAACUCCCAAUUCAUCGUCUGCUAUCGGUUCUGUAAUGAAAACUUCUGGGCAGCAAGCAGUGUGUGUGAGCCAGACCCCCAUGCCAACCUGCAAGGCUGCAGCUCCCUCCGUCAUCAGCGCCACAUCCCUGGUGCCCACGCCAAACCCCAUCUCCGGGAAGGCCACCGUGUCAGGAUUGCUAAAGAUUCACUCCAGUCAAUCCAAUCCCCAGCAGGCUGUCCUGACGAUCCCCAGCCAGCUCAAGCCACUCAGUGUAAAUACAUCCGGAGGGGUACAGACUAUCCUGAUGCCUGUGAAUAAAGUGGUUCAGUCAUUUUCUGCCAACAAAUCCCCUGCCAUUCUGCCUGUAGCUGCCCCAACUCCGAUUAUCCCCAGCUCUGCUUCAGCAGCUGUUACAAAAGUAAAGACCGAACCAGAAGUGCCUGGGCCAGGCUGCCUCUCCCAGGAGGGUCAGACAGCUGUGAAAACAGAAGAAAGUUCUGAGCUGGGAAACUAUGUCAUCAAGAUAGACCAUUUAGAAACUAUCCAGCAACUCUUAACAGCAGUAGUAAAGAAGAUCCCCUUAGUCACUGCAAAAAGUGAGGACGCCAGCUGUUUUUCUGCGAAGUCUGUGGAGCAGUAUUACGGCUGGAACAUUGGGAAAAGGAGAGCUGCCGAGUGGCAAAGAGCGAUGACCAUGCGAAAAGUCUUACAAGAAAUCCUAGAGAAGAAUCCAAGAUUUCACCACCUGACUCCCCUUAAAACCAAGCACAUCGCUCACUGGUGUCGCUGCCACGGCUACACCCCACCCGAUCCCGAGACCUUGAGGAGCGACGGCGACUCUAUUGAGGACGUGCUGACCCAGAUCGACAGCGAGCCAGAGUGCCCGUCGUCAUUCUCCUCUGCCGACAACCUCUGCCGGAAACUGGAGGACCUGCAGCAGUUUCAGAAAAGAGAGCCAGAGAAUGAAGAGGAGGUGGACAUCCUCAGCCUCCCGGAGCCGGUAAAGAUCAGCAUCAAAAAAGAACAGGAAGAGAAGCAGGAAGAAAUGAAGUUCUACCUACCACCAACCCUGGGGUCGGAAUUUAUCGGUGACAUCACCCAGAAGAUCGGGAUCACCCUGCAGCCCGUGGCACUUCACAAGAACGUGUACGCAUCGGUGGUGGAGGACAUGAUUUUAAAGGCCACGGAGCAGCUGGUGAACGACAUCCUGAGACAGGCUUUGGCGGUUGGAUACCGGACAGCAUCUCACAACAGGAUUCCCAAAGAAAUUACAGUGAGUAACAUUCACCAGGCCAUUUGCAACAUUCCUUUUCUGGACUUUCUCACAAAUAAACACAUGGGAAUAUUGAAUGAAGACCAGUGAGUGGAAUGAAGAUGCCCUUAGAAAAGCAGGAUUUGCAGAUGUAUCCGAAGCUUCGAACUGCGACGACUCUUCUCUUUGGGGAAGGAGGUAAUUGUCUUUGUGCCUCGAAAUAUUAUGGCUGCCAAACCAUUGCCUCCACUUAAAUCACUGUAACACCGGAGUAUUCGGUCCCAGAUCAGAUCCCUUUAGGACAGAAGUUUCUGAGUCUAGAAUGAAGCUGUGAGGGGAUGUGUGCUCUGUCAGCUCGCAUUUGCUCGCUCUCUGGAAAAGCUUUGGGACAGAGUCUCCAAGCUGGGCCAGGCCACGUGCAGCAGGUCCUUCUCUGGGUGUCAAGGGGCACCUUGGGCCACGCUGGUGGUCCACCUAUUCUGGGGCUACAGGCAGCUCCUGCAGUUACCCUGGUAACCUCUGGAGCCAGGCGGGGCUUCUGCCCUCAUCCG